GAAGGAUUUUGUUGGCGUUUGGAGUCAGCAUUCCAUCUUCACCCUUAUCUUCUCCAUUAAUGGUAGAAUCACAACGAGGCAAGCAAUUUACAGUCUAAAAAUAUCAGGGAGUUGGAACUUCCUGCUUCUGCAAAUCAUCUCCCUCCCUUCUCUCUCUCUCUAAUUUCCAUUUUUAUCGGCUCUCUCUCUCUCUCUCUCUCCCCCCCCCCCCCUCCCCCUCUCUCUCUCUCUCAGAGGUAGGAAGAAUCUUCAUGGAUCUGCAACCGGAGGAGCUGCAACACCUGGGACCCCUGGCGAUCCUGAGGCAGGCCGUGACCAUCGCCCGCUCCUCCCCAAAGCACUUUGCCGCCCUCACCCUCGUCCUCGUCUUUCCUCUCUCCUUCGCCAUCCUCGCCCACUCCCUGAUUACCCACCCGCUAUUGGCUCAACUCCACCACCGCCAUGAUUCCUCCUCCGGUUCCUCCCCGCUCGCCGCCCUCCUCGUCUUCCAGUCCCUCUACCUUCUCUUCCUCUUCUCCUUCUCCCUCCUUUCCACCGGCGCCGUCGUUUACAGCGUAGCCUGUCUCUACACGUCCAAGUCCAUUUCCUUCUCGGCCCUCCUCUCCGCUAUCCCCCGCCUCCUCAAGCCCCUCUUCCACACCUUCCUGUGGGUCUUCUUCUUGAUGUUUCUGUACUAUGCUGCCUUCGUUCUUUGCCUCCUUCUCGCGCUCAUCUUCGUGGACAACGAUGACGAUAGUUUCUCCCUCGGUAUCGUUCUUGUCAUCUUUUUCUUGGGUGUGUUCUUCGGCUUCCUCCACAUCUACAUCGCCGCGAUUUGGCAUCUUGCUAGCGUCAUCUCGGUGCUUGAGGAUUCCUACGGGCUGGCAGCGAUGAAGAAGAGCAGAGAAUUGUUGAAGGGGAAGAUGGCUUUGGCUGGAAUGCUGGUGUUUGUCUACUUGGUCGCCUGUGCGAUUAUCGGGAUGAUAUUCAGUAAUGUGGUUGUCCGCGGGGGAGAGGAGUACAGCACGGGGGUUAAAUUCAUUGUGGGGUUUGUGCUUGUGGGUCUUCUUGUUCUGGUCAAUUUGGUCGGUUUGCUGGUGCAGAGUGUGUUUUACUACGUCUGCAAGGCUUACCAUCAUCAAGGCAUUGAUAAAUCCGCGUUGUAUGAUCAUCUCGGAGGCUAUCUUGGGGAGUAUGUGCCUCUGAAGAGCAGCAUUCAGAUGGAGAGUUUGGACAUGUAGGGGGCAACUCGCCCCGUAGUGGCUGUUACCUGUUAUCCCUGUUAUAUUUUUUAAAUAUUUGACAGGUGAUUUCGUAAUGCUUUUUCCUUCCCCCUGUUUUGCUUCUGUUGGAGAAAUUUGUAAUGGACUACUAAGGGUGUAUUGUGUACCAUAGUCCAUCCUCAAAGAAUCAGUUGUGGUAUUCUGCGCUCAUAUGUGAGUUCUAAUUGGUUGGAAGGGUUGUAGAAUUUAAACUUUGCAAUAUGUGGGUGCUUGCACAUCUUUUGUCAAGAUGUAGUCUGAUAUUCAAUUUGAGUUGAUCCACAUGCUUCUACUU